CUCAGUUUUAUCAUUCCUCAAUCCUCGCAAUUAAACUCCAGCCGUAAAAAAUGGACACGCUUCUCUCAAGUUCGCCGUCUAUGGUGGCCCGGCCAUCCCUCUCUCCGGUUCUCUCAACUGCUUUCCCGUCGAAGCUCCAUUCCGCCGUCGCAACCUUCUCUUCUUCUCCUCCGAUCAUCGGCGGCUUCCGAAGGAACCACCUCCCGCUCCUACGACCGCUUACUUUCUCCACGCCUCCUAAAUUCUCGAUUCGGUGCGGUGCCGGUGUUAAGGAAAUUAAAGAGAGCGAGUUUCGGAGCACGGUGCUGGAAUCCAGCCGUCCGGUUCUCGUCGAGUUCGUUGCCACUUGGUGUGGACCUUGCCGCUUAAUCUCUCCCGCCAUGGAAUCCAUCGCACAGGAAUACGGAGAUAGAUUAGAGGUUGUGAAAAUCGAUCACGAUGCGAAUCCGCAGUUGAUUGAAGAAUACAAAGUGUACGGACUGCCGACUUUGAUAUUGUUCAAGGAUGGGCAGGAAGUUGCAGAAAGUAGGAGAGAAGGUGCGAUUACGAAGGCCAAGCUUAAAAUGUAUGUUGAUUCUCUCUUGGAGACAUUUUCUGUUGCUUAGCAUAUCCCAACCUUUUUCUGGCCCAUCAUAUUGAUUGCAUAUUUGAAAAAUUAUUGUAUAGUUUUUAACUACAAAAUACCUGGAAUUGGUUACUUGAGUUCUAUAUAUACGAGUAAAACUGAAUGCUA